UCUGGCCUUUUGGAAGAGCAAAAAAUGAUGAAGUCCCAGGGGUUAGUAUCAUUCAAGGAUGUAGCUGUGGAUUUCACCCAGGAGGAGUGGCAGCAACUUGACCCUUCUCAGAGGACCCUGUACAGGGAUGUGAUGCUGGAGAACUACAGCCACCUGGUCUCAAUGGGGUAUCCAGUUUCCAAACCAGAUGUCAUCUCCAAGUUGGAACAAGGAGAAGAGCCAUGGAUCAUAAAGGGAGACAUAUCAAAUUGGAUCUAUCCAGAUGAAUAUCAGGCAGAUGGGAGACAAGGGAAGAAGAGUAACCUUCACAACUCCCAGUCAUGUAUUUUGGGGACAGUUUCCUUCCAUCAUAAGAUACUGAAAGGAGUCACAAGGGAUGGUUCAUUGUGCUCCAUUUUAAAAGUCUGUCAAGGUGAUGGUCAGCUGCAGAGAUUUCUAGAGAAUCAAGACAAACUCUUCAGGCAGGUCACAUUUGUUAACAGCAAAACAGUGACUGAGGCAUCAGGGCAUAAAUAUAAUCCAUUAGGGAAAAUAUUUCAAGAGUGCAUAGAAACAGAUAUAUCAAUACAGAGAUUCCAUAAAUAUGAUGCUUUUAAAAAGAACUUAAAACCAAAUAUUGACCUACCGAGUUGUUAUAAGAGCAAUUCAAGAAAAAAACCUGAUCAGAGUUUUGGAGGUGGAAAAUCAUCUAGCCAGAGUGAGCCCAAUUCUAAUCUUGAGAAGAUUCACAAUGGAGUAAUACCUUUUGAUGAUAAUCAGUGUGGAAACGUUUUUGGAAAUACACAAUCCCUUAUUCAAUAUCAGAAUAUGGAAACUAAAGAGAAAAGCUGUGUAUGUGUUACAUGUGGAAAAGCCUUUGCUAAGAAGUCACAACUCAUUGUACAUCAAAGAAUUCAUACUGGAAAGAAACCAUAUGAUUGUGGUGCAUGCGGAAAAGCCUUCAGUGAGAAGUUUCAUCUUGUUGUACAUCAGAGAACUCAUACUGGGGAGAAACCUUAUGAUUGUUCUGAAUGUGGAAAAGCCUUCUCUCAGAAAUCAUCCCUUAUUAUACAUCAGAGAGUUCACACUGGGGAAAAACCCUAUGAAUGUAGUGAAUGCGGGAAAGCCUUCUCCCAGAAAUCACCCCUCAUUAUACAUCAGAGAAUACAUACUGGGGAAAAACCCUAUGAAUGUAGAGAGUGUGGGAAGGCCUUUUCCCAGAAGUCACAGCUGAUUAUACACCACAGAGCUCAUACUGGAGAGAAGCCGUAUGAGUGUACCGAAUGUGGGAAAGCCUUCUGUGAGAAGUCCCACCUCAUUAUACAUAAAAGAAUUCACACUGGUGAGAAACCCUACAAAUGUGCUCAAUGUGAGGAAGCCUUCAGCAGGAAGACAGAACUCAUUACACAUCAGUUAGUUCAUACUGGGGAAAAGCCUUAUGAAUGUACUGAAUGUGGAAAGACAUUCUCCCGCAAGUCACAGCUCAUCAUACAUCAGAGAACACAUACUGGAGAAAAACCCUAUAAAUGUAGUGAAUGUGGCAAAGCCUUCUGCCAGAAGUCACAUCUCAUUGGACAUCAGAGAAUUCACACAGGAGAAAAACCUUAUAUAUGUACUGAAUGUGGGAAAGCCUUCUCUCAGAAGUCCCACCUUCCAGGACACCAGCGAAUUCAUACAGGAGAGAAACCUUACAUAUGUGCUGAAUGUGGAAAGGCCUUUUCUCAGAAGUCAGACCUUGUUUUACAUCAGAGGAUUCAUACUGGGGAAAGACCCUAUCAAUGUGCUAUAUGUGGGAAGGCCUUCAUCCAGAAGUCACAACUAACUGUACACCAGAGAAUUCACACAGUGGUAAAAUCAUAAUGAACUGGCCACAGAAAAGCCUUAGUAUUAGCUGAAGCCUUAAUAAUUACUAGAAACGCAAUUAAUUUGAUAAGCUUGGGGACAGCAUCCCAACAGAUAAAAAUUUUUAAGGGAGUUUGUUUCUAGUUUGGUGAUGCCUAACUUUUCC